AUGGAGGAUGAGCGGAGUUUGCUGCAAAAACUGCGAGCGUGAGUUUGAGAGUUCCACUCAAAAGUUCAAGAGUCGUAUUAUUUUUCGAUACGGGGAUAAUCUUCUUGUAUUUUGUGAAGAACAAGUUUCAUUCGAGAAGGGAAUCUUGGAUGUUUUUCAAAAAAUAUUUUUAUUUUCAAAAAAUUUCUGAAAAAUAUAUUUUUUUAAAAUAAUAAUUUCUUGGGAAUCGGAAAGAAAUCGGGAUUCAGGAAAAAAAUUGGAAAAUGCCACGUGGUUUUUUUGCACUAAAAUUUAGGGGGAUUGAACUUUGGUUAAGAUAAGUUAUGACGUGGCAAUGUUAGAAGAAAAUACUUUUUGAAAAAAAUUCAAAUCCAAAUAUUUUAGUGCCAAGAAACGACGUGGCACAAAAUUCAAAAAUUCAAACACAAAUAAUUUAGCGCCGAAAAUCUACCUGGGAAAAUUAAAACACAAAUAAUUUCGUGCGAAAAUUUAGGGGAAUUGAACUUUGGUUAAUAUAAGUUAUGACGUGGCAAUGUUAGAAGACAAAUAUUUUCGCACCGAAAAUCAAUGUGGCAAGAUUCAAACAAAAAUAAUUUCGCGCGAAAAUUUCAAAUCCCACGUGGCAAUGUUAGAAGCGAAUACUUUUUGAAAAAAAUCAGAAAUUUUAUAUUUCACAAUGAGAGUUCUACUGUAAAUUUUAAAAAAUCUGUUAUUGUUUGAACGAAAAAUCAAAUUCCAAAAAAUCGUUCAAAAACGACCCCCCCCAAAACUUAAAGUAAGUAGUUCAUCAAAUAUAUUUUUUGCAGUUACCCGCCAUCAGUAUUUUUCAUGCUUGGAAAUGAAUUCUGUGAACGUUUCUCGUUCUACGGAAUGAAAACAAUCCUCUUCAUUUAUUUGAUAACCGAACACGAAUUUGCGCCAAGUACAGCCACAUUCAUCUACCACGCAUUCGCCUGCAUCGCCUACUUCACCCCAUUGAUCGGCUCGAUUUUGGCCGAUUCGAUAUUUGGGAGAUUCAAAGUUAUCUUAUAUGGAAGUAUUAUUUAUGUUGUUGGUCAUAUUCUUCUCUCAAUUGGAGCUGUUCCAUUUUUCUCAUAUGGUUAGUUUUUGACCCCUGAUUCAAGGGCCUUGAAAUUAAAAUCUCAAAAUAAAAAACAAUUAAUAUCAGGAUUUCGAUCAUCAAUGGAUUUUUCUGGUCUCUUCGUGAUUGCCUUUGCAACCGGAUGUAUAAAACCAUGUGUUUCAGCAUUUGCAGCAGAUCAGGUUUGUUCAAAGAAAAUGAAAGGCUUUGGGGAAAAUAAAGGUAUUUUCUUUAAAAGAGUUAUGCUUCCUAAAACCCUUUAAUUUCUCAAGAACCCUAAAUUCACGACCAUUUACUUACUCCAACAGAAAAUUGCCCCUCGGGUCAGACGGAGUCUAAUGACGUCACCAAAGACAGAGAUCGCUUCGAGAUAUUUUUGAGAAAUUGUGUGUGCCUUUGAAAAAAUACCGUAUUUUGUUUCAAGGAACACACAUAUUAUUGAAAAUAUCUCGCCACGAAAUUCAAAUAUUUUCGCAAAAUACUCUUGCGUCUGACACUCAACGGGCGCCAUGUAUCUAGUAUCGAAAAUCUCAUCGGUACCACGCGCUCCGCCGAAAUAAACACGCAACGCAGACCGCGUCGCGCCACAACACACACAAAAAAUGGAGGGAAUUUGAAUCGUUCCCUUUUUGUGCGGCGCGGUCUGCGUUGCGUGUUUAUUUCGGUGGAGCGCGUGGUACCGAUAAUAUUUUCACUAAAACCCUAUAUUUCCAAACAAUACAAAUUAGCCCCUAUUACAUUUUGCAGUUCGAAGAGCAUCAAAAAGAUCUCCGCUCUCAAUUCUUCUCCUUCUUCUAUUUCGCCAUCAACGCUGGAAGUCUGUUCGCCAUCCUAAUCACCCCAAUCCUCCGAGGUCGUGUUCAAUGUUUCGGCAAUCCCCAUUGUUUUCCCCUGGCUUUUGGUGUUCCCGGUGUCCUGAUGGCUUUGGCGUUGGUGUUGUUUUUGAUGGGUUGGGCGAUGUACAAAAAAUAUCCGCCAAGUAAGGAAAAUGUUAUUGCGAAAGUCAGCGAGGUUAUUUACACAUCAGUGAGGAAAAUGAUUCGAGGGUAAGUGAUUAUAAUCCUAUAGGACAUCAGUAAAUUCAACAUGUUUUUAUAGAUCUGAUAAACCUGUGAAUCAUUGGUUGGAUCAUGCAGCUCCAGAACAUUCUCAAAAAAUGAUCGAUUCAGUUCGCGCACUUCUCAACGUUGCUGUGAUUUUCUGCCCUCUCAUCUUCUUCUGGGCACUUUUCGAUCAACAGGGUUCAACAUGGGUUCUUCAAGCGAGACGACUUGACGGCAGAGUUGGACACUUCUCAAUUCUUCCCGAACAAAUUCACGCGAUCAACCCAAUCUGCGUCCUAAUCCUUGUGCCAGUUUUCGAAGCCUGGGUCUAUCCGGCACUUCGUAAAAUCACCAAAGUCACACCAUUGCGUAAAAUGGCAGUUGGCGGGUUGUUAACUGCCUUCUCAUUUUCGAUUGCUGGUGGUCUUCAAUUGAUUGUGAAUGAAACAAUGGAAUAUCCUCCAACAUUUGGACAAGUUUAUAUUCAAAGAAUUGGGAAUGAAUCGUUGAUUCAUGAUUUUAAUGGGACAAAAGAUGGGAAUAUUCCGACUGGUAGAAGUGAAAUUGAGGCUGGAUUUUAUCAAUUUAACACUGGUUUGGCGAAUGAAACAAAAACUGUGAAUUUCUCGAUUCCGAAUAAGGGAUACGUUAUGGCUGCAUUCAGAUUGGAGAAAGAAACGUGAGUUGAAAAUUGUGCGGAAAAAUUUGGAAGAUUCUAGGGGGAUUUUCCCAACAAAAAUUAAAUUUAGGCUAAGUAGGUGGGUAAAAAACUUUUAAAAUGAUUUCGAGUCGAAAAUCCUCUCACGCCGCGUCCAAAAACGAAAAAAAAAGAAAAUUUCCUGUCCAAAAACACAUGACAGUAGGAUUGCCAAAUUAAAGGAACACACAGUAGACACCUGCGUAUCUAACUUGCGCACCUUGAACAUUCUUGUUGGUUUUCUGUCCAAUUCUUUCUCAGAAAUCGAGUUAGAUGUGCAGGUUCUACCGUACUUCAGUGUGUGCCUUUAAUCUUUAUUUUUUCGGGUUUUUGGACAGGACAUUUUUUGUUUUUCGCUAUAUUCUCGUAAAUAAAUGUGUUUAUUUCCAGCAAAGUUGUUUCAUUCGAUUACAAAGUCGAGAAAACUGAUAACGGCGCAACUCGUGUAUUUGUGGUCUCGCCAAAUGAUAUUCCAACUCAUAAAGUAUAUGUCGUCAAUAGCAGGUAUUCUUGUUUCAUACUUUUUUCAAAUCAAAAAUUAAAAAUUAAAAUUCAGAGGAGAUGUAAUUAGUGAAUGCCCAUUAACAUCUGGAUCUCAUGUCGAUAUUAUUCCCGGAAUUAUAAGCGAUCCAAAUGUUAAACUUCAUUGGGGUCCAGGUUGUAAUUCAACAUCCUGCAUUUCUUCAUUGCCAAAUAUUAACCUGAACGCUCAAAUGGGCGCCGUCCACGUUCUCCACAUUCAUCCAACAACCACUGAAAAAGAUCUCGAUCUUCUUGUUCGCCCAAAUUCCGUCAGUAUUCUCUGGUCCCUUCCCCAAUAUAUUAUCAUAACAUUGGGCGAAGUGUUGCUCUCUGUAACCGGUUUGGAAUUCGCUUACUCACAAGCUGCUCCGAAUAUGAAAAGUGUUCUAACUGCAAUGUGGUUGUUAACAGUUUUCGCCGGCAAUUUGGUUGCGAUGUUGAUUUCGGGAACAAGAUUGAUUCCAAAUCCAGCACUCGAAUUCUUUUUCUAUUCGAUUUUAAUGUGCAUUGUAAUGGCUGUUUUUAUACUUCUUGGUGAGUUGUUUUUUUAUUUAUUUAUUUCUUGUUUACACUCUCUAAUAUUCAGCAAUGCAAUACACAUAUGUCGAAGAACACGAUGAAGAUGAAGAUGAUGAUGAUUCAAUUCGAAUAAAUGAAAAGAAAAGUAUUGAAAUGUCUGAACAGAUCUCGGCAAACAAUAAUGCUUAA